AUGGCGCAAUCGGCGUCACAAUGGAGGGGCUGGGAUGAAAUAGACAACAUCUUCGUCUUUGGCGACUCUUACACAGCAACCGGCUUCGAACCAAAUGGAACACAACCAAACCCAUCGAACGCGUUUGGAAACCCAGCAUUUCCUGGCCGUACUUUUUCAAACGGACGAAACUGGAUCGAUUUCCUCACACUAAACUACAACGACUCCUACGUGUCGACCUACAACUUUGCCAGGGGCGGCGCCAGCAUCGACAGCUUCGGCUCAGAGAGCAUAUUCCGGCCAUUCGACCACCAGGUAGAUCGAUUCUUCCUCCCCUUCUACGCCGAGAACAACGUGAACCUGACGACCUGGCGCCCCGACAACACGCUCUUCGCCACCUUCUUCGGCAUAAACGACGUCAACUUCUUCUACAAAAUGGACAACCGCACAGAGUACGCCGCCCUCAUCUCGGACACCUACACCAAAUACAUGGAGAAAUUGUACCGGGCGGGCGCGCGCAACUUCCUCAUCAUGAAUGUUCCCCCAAUCCACCGCGCGCCUUUCACAGUCGCGGAGGGCGAUCGCAACGUCGCGCGGAACAAGGAGUCCGUGGAAGAUUUUAAUGGCCGCAUCAUGGACAUGGCAAGCGGGAUGAUCCAGAAACACGAAGACAUUGCCGUCUAUCUGCUCGACACGUACUCUCUAUACAACGAGGUGUUAGAUGAUCCCCAGAGUAGGACAGAGACUACGGGGUACAGAAACACCACCGGAUCCUGCCCUGCUUACUCCAAGCGAACGUACAAUGAGGAUGAGAACAGCGAUGAUUGCGGUCGCCCGCAGAGGGAGUUUUUCUGGCUUGACGCACUGCAUCCGACGCCGCCGAUCCAUAGGGCGAUGGCUGCUGAGAUCGCGGCACAGCUCCGUGGUAACGAGGUGUUGACGGCUGAUCGAUCUUCCUCAAGGCCUUCCCGUAAUGGUUCAUCGAGUAGGUUUUCGGUUAUUUCGAUGUCGACGUGGAUGUGCUUUGCGGUGGGGCACUUGGCAGUAUUGUGGAUGGGAAGUGUGAUCUGAAGUGGUGGGUGGAUAUAAAAGUUCAUAGGGAAAGUGACGCUACAGGACUG